CCUACCAGCAGAACCAUUCUUGAUGGUUUAAAUGGUCACGUAGACUCUGGUGAGAUCGUCGCGAUUUUGGGUGCAUCCGGUGCUGGAAAGACAACCCUCUUGAACAUUCUUUCUUCUCGUCUCGACUCGACUGGCACAUUGAGUGGAGAAGUCACUUUUAAUGGCGCGGACCGACGAGCUGUUAAUUGGAAACGAACUCUAGGGUUUGUAGAGCAAGAUGAUUUGCUAUAUGGUCAAUUGACUGUCACGGAGACGCUUGAUUAUUCAGCCCAAUUAAGACUUCCAACGACCAAUUAUACCCUUGCCCAAAAGCGAGCUCGAGUAGCGGAGACGAUCGAAAUUUUACGACUGGAAAAAUGCGCAGGGGCAAGGAUUGGAGAUGGAGAAACCAGAGGGGUUAGUGGCGGUGAAAGAAAGAGAGUUGCAAUUGGUCAAGAACUCGUUAGUGAUGUUAGGGUGUUAAUGUUAGAUGAGCCAACUUCCGGUUUGGACAGUUUCUCCGCACUCAACCUGAUUCAAAACUUGCGAGAAAUCGCCAAAAAGAGAGAUGUGGUCUGUCUUAUGACAAUCCAUCAACCCUCGUGGGAAAUCUUUUCAAAUUUUACCAGAGUCAUCUUGAUGACCCGAGGAAAGGUAUUCUACGAAGGUCCACCAUCAGACGCCUUGGAUUACUUUAGUAACACUGUUGGAUUGACGGUCCCGCGUGAUGUUAACCCAUCUGAUUGGUUUUUGACAAUCUCUGAGAAUUUUGAAAAAAGUGAAUUGGGUGAAGAGAGAGUGGAAAAGUUAAUUUCUACUUGGCAAAGGUUCAGUGAAGCAAAUUUAAUGAAACUAUCACCUACUUAUCCUCCUACGCUUGAGAAAGAACAAUGGGCAGUCAGUUGGUUUCAUGAACUUGCUUUACUCACUCGUCGUAAUUAUCAACAAAUUGCCAGAAAUCCUAAAAUCUGGAUUGGUUCAUUUGCUCAAAAUAUUGUUCUGCUAAUCCUUAUUGGUUUCGCAUUCUUUCGAAGGGAUCUAGACCAAGGCGGAGUCAUCAGUAGACUUGGAGUCUUGUUCUUUAUUCCCAUCAACAAUUCAUUUAGUGCAGUCUUUCCAAUCUUAACUGUCUUUCCAUCAAAGAGAGCCAUGAGUAUUCGAGAAAGAGCCGCUGGAAUGUAUCGAUGUAGUAGUUUUUAUCUUUCCAAUGUGAUUGUUGAAAUUCCAAGUCAAGUAGCUCAACGUGCUUUGUUCAUCAUUGUUGUAUAUUGGAUGAUUGGAUUGAAGGGAGAAGCUGGAGCAUUCUUUAUUUGGUUACUUGUUAACUUUGUACAACUUUUAUCGGCGGUUGGAUUAGGGUUUUUGAUUGGAGCUGGAGCUACUAAUGUACAAGCUGCUAAUGCGAUAGCACCAUUGGCUAAUGUCAUCUUCCUUUUAUUUGGAGGAAAUCUUUUACCUUUGAAUGAUAUUCCAAAGUACUUCAUUUGGUUACAUUGGAUGUCACCUAUAACUUAUGCAUUCCAAGCUUUAAGUUUGAAUGAGUUUAGUGGAUUAAAUUUCAGUUGUCCAACUGAUGCACAAUCUUCUACUCAAUGUUAUCGUACAGGUCAAGAUGUUUUAAGACAAUAUGCUUUACAAAGGUUUUCAGUUUGGGAAAACGUUGGGUUCUUGUGUUUGAUUUCAUUUGUGUUUGGUUUGUUAGGG